AUGGCGCACCUCAGCAGCCAACCAUCCUAUAUCCGACACGAUAUAUGCUCUUUCUACUGCGCCAGGUCGAGCCGCGAUAGCGCACCCAAACCUCGAACCGCAACCUUACGAAAACUGUACGAUCCUAGCGAUCCAGAUCAUGUCGAGCCUCGAGUCCUCGAUACUGGCGCGCUUCUCCUAUUCUUUCCAGCGCCGAACACAGUGACUGGAGCGGAUGUGCUUGAGCUGCAUGUCCACGGCGGUCCAGCCAUUGUCCGAUCGAUCUUGAAUGCCAUCUCCAAACACGGACGAUCGUCACGCGUUCGAGACGGCGCCAUCAGACAUGCCGAACCCGGCGAAUUCACGAAGUGGGCAUUUUACAAUGGAAGACUGGACCUCACACAGGCCGAAGCACUGGGCGAAACCCUCGCGGCCGAGACGGAGCAGCAACGCCGGCUGGCUGUCAGCGGCACUGACGGCGGACUUGCAAAGAGAUAUGAGGAAUGGCGUACAAUGCUUCUCUGCGCGCGAGGCGAAUUGGAGGCUCUGAUUGACUUUUCUGAAGAUCAGCACUUUGACGAGUCACCUGCGGAGUUCAUGUCCUCGAUCUCGGAACAAGUGGUCGCGUUGAAGAGACAGGUUGAGUUACACCUCCUUAACGCGUCCAGGGGGGAGCUGCUGCGCAACGGUAUCAGCAUUGCAUUGCUGGGUGCGCCAAAUGCAGGCAAAAGCUCGUUGCUCAACCGCAUUGUGGGCAGAGAGGCUGCGAUUGUCAGUGCCGAAGAGGGCACCACGCGUGACAUUGUCGAUGUCUCCGUGGAUCUCAACGGCUGGUUGUGCCGGGUGGGCGACAUGGCCGGACUCCGCUCAAAGGAGCAGAGCGUCAUUGGCUCGAUCGAGCAGGAAGGCAUUCGCCGGGCCAGAGAACGUGCCCUCCAAUCUGACGUGGUUGUGGUGCUGCUGUCGAUCGAAAUGGACGCCGACAGGAAGCCCACCGUCUCUAUCAACGGGGAAGUCCUCGAGGCGGUGCAAGAAUGCCAUGCCACGGGGAAGACUAUUCUGGCUGUUCUAAACAAGAUUGACCUUGUCGUGGACCAGCCUCGCGCAAACAAAGAGGCGGCCAGAGACCUGCAUACACGAGUCUGUCAGAUACUCCCUAUGGUACCUGCAGGACGUAUAUGCAUGAUAUCCUGCCGACGCGCAUCAGAUGAUCCCACCGCCUCCGACCCGGACCCGGGUAGCAUUCAAGCCUUCCUCACCGUCCUGACCGACGCGUUCAGUGAGUUGACGACAGCAUCAACUGGGGAGAUACGAGACAACAGAAUGACUGCAGCGGAAGCGCAGUCGUACUGGACGGCAUCCCUUUCAGUUACGCACCGCCAAAGCACGUACCUAUCAGAGGGCUUACGUCAUCUGGACGACUUCCUCUCCCUUGCUUGUUACCCACAAUCACAACCGUCGCAGGCGCAGUCUUACCUGCCUACGGAAUCGGACGGCACGAUGGAAUUCGCCCAUUCGUCAGACCCCAAUGGGUACCACGGUGAUCGCCACAAGAAUCUCGACGCGCCAAAUAUAGUAUCUGACCCAGACGCACAUGCACACGCAGAUGAUAUCGUUGAUAUUGUCACUGCCGCCGAACAUCUCCGGUUUGCCGCCGAUUGCUUUGCCAAGAUCACGGGCAAGGGUGAGUCGGGCGACGUGGAGGACAUUUUGGGUGUGGUCUUCGAGAAGUGA